CAUCAAUUCGUUCACAUUUCCCUCCCCGGUCUUCCUCGCCAGCUCGGGAGGUAUUUUAUAUCAUGCCGCAACUGACGGAAAUCGAUGUGCUCACGUACUACUCCUCAGUAGUUUGCGGCCUCCUGCAGCCGGGAUCCUCGUCCUUGACAUCUGUCCCCAAGGUUGCGUCGCGUCAAGAUGUUGGUGACGACGUCAACAUGAAAUCCCCCCAAAACGUGAUAGAUAACAAUGUAAGGAAGAAGGAAAAGAAGCCAAAGGGAAAAAGGGGCAAUCAAAAUAUGACGCAAGCAGUAGAACCAGGCGUUAAACCUGUGGAGGAAGCUGUGAUUGCCGUAGUUGAGCCGAAGGACAAGGAGAGACAAUCGAAAAGGGGGAAGAAGAGGAGUCUGAACGCCAGUAUCUCCAUUACUGAGGAUCUGGAGCAAAACCUACCGGCACCAGAUGAUAAAAAGAAACAAAAGCAAAGCAAGAGCUUGCCCAAAAAUGCGACAUCUGGUCAAAUAGAGGCCGUGCAGACUCCCGCCCACCAAGCGCAACCUCAACCGCGAAGCACAGACGCAAUGUUUUCGGCAAUUGCGUCAAAGGGGGACAAGAAGUCAGCCAGAAGGAAGAAGCAAGACCAGGCUGCGGCAGUGCUAGAAGUAUUACAUAAAGGGACGUCGAAGGGAGCGGACAAGGAGGGAACGAAAGAACAAACCCCUGCCAAGGCCAAGCCUCGAAAGUCAAAGGGUAAGGAGAAGGAUGUGGCUGCUAUAGCAAAGGAGACGGAGCCUGCUGAGGAAGUGACAGAAAAUGACAAAGAGCCCGCCAAGGCUAAAACCCGGAAGUCGAAGGGCAAAGACAACCCUGUCACUCCUCGUAUUCCUGUCGCUAUUACCGAUCCCGGCACAUCCAAUGCUUUCGCUUCAAGCUCUACGCCGUCAAAAACCGUCAUUACAGCGUCCGUUCCUGGCUCGCAUGCAUCCCCGAAAUCAACAACGCCACCCCCAAGCUUCUCUCGAGCGCCAAGUACGCCUGUUUCUGAAGAAGACGUUCUUCGACACCUAUACACCCGUCUUUCCAACGGUUCAGGUCCUUUUGCCGCCUCUCUAUCUGCUCCAUCCGCAUCUGAGAUUCGAAAACGAAGGAGAGAAUCCAUGGUUGAGACUCCUUUGAGACAUAAAGUUUUAUUGCGACCAUCCGAGAGUUUGGGAAAGAAGAGAAGGAUGAGUGUCGCAAACGAGAAUGUAGAUUUGCACGAGGAGGGCGAGGACACGAUGGAGGAGAUAGACAUGCUUGCUUCUCCAGCUUUCCCAACGGCCCCUGCUGCAGGAAAGAAGGACAAGAAAGACAAGAAGGGUAAAGUGCCUGCUCCGCCUCACAAGGCACCUUCUGACCUCGCUCUAACUCCUGUACCUGAUGAUCCCACUGAGCUCCCAAUUUUCUCCGAGCUGAGAAGGAAGGAUAAGAAGAAGACGAAAGAAAAGAAGGAAGAAAAGCAGAAGAAGGACAGGAAGGAGAAAGAGAAGCAGGAGAGGGAGAAGAGCGAAACGAGGGAGAAGAACGAAGCUAAAGAGAAGGGAAAAGAGAAGGAGCAUGGAAAAGGAAGAAAAAGAAAAGGUGAAGCGCUUCAAGCUGAAACUAGCGGCCCUGCUGUUGCUCCUGCGACUAUCCCUGCAUCAGCACCGGCGCCAGCACCCGCACCUAUCCCUGUUUCUCCCGCAGCCUCCAUAUCGACCCCAGCUCCAAAUCAGAAGACACCCACAUCCUCUACUAGCAAAAAGAAGAGACGCCUCACGGAAAUCCCGAUCCCCAGAUUAUCCCCAUCUAUCAAAUCCCCUGCUGGUACAACGUCUGCCGCCUCCCCGGCAUCAUCUAAGAAAACAAAGUUGUCGCAAGGGCUUAUACCCCUGGGUAGCAGCCUGGAUACAGCUAAGAUGCAUAUGUAUGCGAGUAUGGGUAUUGUGACGCCUUCCCCGAGUUCAAAAGGUUCGUCGAAGAAGGAGAAGAAAAUUGGGAAAAGGGGGCCAAAAUGGAUUACGGAGACACCGAGAAUGUAAAGCUGGUAAAUAAUGUAACAAUGACAUUUAAUAAUGUAUUUGGUAAUCUGGCGUAGAGACGUGAUACAUGCUUCUUUAUUAAUGAUUUAACGAUUCUCUCUUCAAGAGAGCGUGCCAGUAUUCAGUGCUAUAAAGAGGAGCAACGGUCAUGUGUGCAUGAUACUCCCAGCUUUGAGAUAUGGCAGCAAUGCAACAAUAUCACGGAUAAUCCAAUCCGGCCAUCAAGUCAAUCAUCUCACCACCUGUUGAGUCGGAUUGUGAAAAUUGGGCAACGGGAG